AUGCCCAAUGUCAAUGGCACCAUAACGAUCAUGCCCCCCCCUGAGGGGUAUGUGGUCAACUUCGAGAACCCUCAGAGGAGGCUGACCACGGCUUCAUACACACUCUUCAUCGUUGAGAAUAUUCUGGCGUUGCUGUUCCUCGCCCAACGACUCUACACGAAGAUCCACCUUAUGAAGCAAUUUCAGAUCGACGAUGUGCUCAUCAUCAUUGCUUGGAUGUGCUCGGUUGCAACUCAAGCGUUGCUGAUCGUUGGUUUUGUCUCAGUCGUCAUUGGCGUACAUGCUUGGGAGAUUUCGAUCCAACAGUAUGGUUAUUACUCCAGAGUAUGCUUCCAGAUGGCCGUUUGGACAACUGUCUUCAUAUGUGCCGGCGCAUACACGGCAAUCUUCUUCAGUCUGGUUUUCGCAUGCAAGCCGAUAGCUGCCAGCUGGAAUCCGCUCUUGCUUGCGACAGCGACAUGCUCCAACCGCGGUGCAAUCUACAUAACGACUGCCGUCGUCGGCAUUGUCACCGAUGUGAUACUAAUGAUUAUUCCCAUCCCGACCAUCUGGGGCCUGCAGAUGCCGACAAAGCAGAAGAUUGGCUUGACUAUAAUGUUCGCUAUUGGAUCAAUAACCAUGGUUACAUCCAUCAUACGGCUGGUAGUGCUGAUGCCAGCACUUACAAACCCUGACCAGACCUGGGUAAUUGGCGUGGGUAGCCUGUGGAUCAUUGUCGAGGCAAAUCUCUUCGUCAUCUGCUGUUGUCUUCCCACCCUGCGGCGGUUUUUCAGACACGUGGCACCGCGCCUCAUCGGUGAGGGCUCUCGCCAAUCUUCAGGGGAAGAUUCGUCCGGCAGGAACCGCGGAUUGCGCUCAUGGGGAACCACCAAGGUCGGCCCAAAGCGCCAGUAUGACACGUUGAUGAAUACCAUCGAUGGCGGCAAAACUGAUGGCGACGACGAGAUUCCGCUUUCCAGCGUAGACACAAAAGAGCAAUUGCGAACACGGGAAUCCAAAGUCCAGGUCGGAGCGCGCGAAUGCAAGGGGGACAACGACAGCGAGGAGGCCAUCCUGUACGAGCGAACCGUCGAGGUCACUUAUGAAGGUGUCCAGCCAGCCCAUCCCACGAAUCCGCAAAACCGCCAGGUUUGGACAGGCGGUCGUGACAGAGUAUCGCAGGUUUGA